AUGCAACAGAAGGGAGAGCUGCUCUUCAGCGGCAGAAAUUGGCGUCUACUCUUCAGGGCUGGCGCCCUGAGUUUUAGCAUUCCUUCCUGGUUUUUAACUUCAUUGCCCCGAUUGUGCCGUGGUUUUGAUGAAGAGCAUACUACCUUUCUUGUUGAGUAUUCUGUUAUUGGGGUUGGGAUCACGGGUCUCGGGAGUGUUGUUUAUGAACUGCUGGCUCAAUUGACUCUUGUUUGUGCUGGUUCUUGCUUGGUUUUGUCCGUUAAACCAACCGCCUUCUUCGCCGAGUUUUUGUUGUCCACUGGAUUGGUUUUUAAAGGGACUUGGUUGUUGCAAGCUGGUUUAUGUUUGUAUACUGAUGCAUUUGUUUUAAAAGGGUGUAAUAAAAUGGUGCUUUUGCCUGGUGGUUCAAAUGCCGAUGUUCAUUGUGAGCUUGAAGAGGAUGGUAUGAGGGCUGUGGCUUUGGUAAAUCUGUUGUUUGUUGUUCAUGCAAUUGGGGUUGUCAUUGCUGGUUUUGUAGUUUUUGGACUUUUGUCAAGUUUUAGGAAUCUGAGGUUUGGGGAGGCAAGUGGUCCAUUGCUGGCUGAGCUUGAAUCAGAAAGUAUAUUGAUGCGUCCAAGUCAUGAACAUGAGAUUGAAUGA